UUUCUUAUAUGUGGUAACUUUUCAACAUUAACAGAAUUGUUUAGCAUAUUUUAAUUUUCUUUUUGUUUGCUGAGUUUCAAGAUCCUUAUUACAGAAUGACUCCAGCACAAUUUGUGUCAUUUAUUGUUCCAAUUCUUAAAGCUAUUUAGAACAUGAAUUUGAAAAAUCUUCUUUUAGGCAUAAUUUGCAGACAAAAUUAUUUUAUUUUUCAAACUUUGCAAACAUUGGGUACAAUGUAAAUUAACACUGGAAACAACUGAUUUCAAUAGUUACUCAAUGUUCUUCAAAAGGUGAAAGGCAUAAUGAAACAUACUCAUCUGAACUCCACCCAUUUUCCAUUUCAACAUAACAAAUCUUCUGUUUGUUCUUAAGGCAAAUUUAAAAGCAUACAUAUUGGUAUUGGUUAUUACUAAAGAUAAUUUAUGCAAUCAUUAAGUCAAAGAUGCUAAGCUGGCAAAAAGAAAACCAUACAAGUAAGCAAAGCCUGACAUGUAUCGACACACCCUCUCAGUAUAUAAAGGCUUGUCACUGUCCUUGGUAGCAGGCAGUCCCUGAGCUACCAAGCAUCACCAUGUCUGUUCGAUACAGCACCAGCAAACAGUUCUCUUCCUCCCGCAGUGGAGGCGGAGGAGGAGGAGGAGGAGGAGGAUCAUCCCUCAGAAUUUCGAACAGCAAAGUCUCCCAUGGUGGAGGAUUUAGCUCAGGGGGCUUCAGUGGUGGCUCUUUCAGCCGUGGGAGCUCUAGUGGAGGCUGCUUCGGGGGCUCAUCGGGUGGCUAUGGAGGAAGCUUAGGAGGUUUUGGUGGAGGCAGCUUUGGUGGAGGCUUUGGAGGAGGCAGCUUUGGCGGGGGCUAUGGAGGAGGCAGCUUUGGAGGUAGCAGCUUCGGUGGGGGUAGCUUCGGUGGAGGCGGCUACGGAGGAGGCUUUGGUGGUGGAUACGGAGGAGGAGAUGGUGGCCUUCUGUCCGGAAAUGAAAAAGUAACCAUGCAGAAUCUGAAUGACCGUCUGGCUUCGUACAUGGACAAAGUCCGUGCGCUGGAGGAGUCAAACUAUGAGCUGGAGGGUAAGAUCAAGGAGUGGUAUGAAAAGCACGGUAACGCAGGCCAGCGGGAGCCCCGUGACUACAGCAAAUACUACCAGACCAUUGAAGAACUUAAAAAUCAGAUCCUCACCCUGACAACUGACAACGCCAAUGUCCUGCUGCAGAUCGACAAUGCCAGGCUGGCAGCUGAUGACUUCAGGAUGAAGUAUGAGAAUGAGGUAGCCCUACGCCAGAGCGUGGAGGCCGACAUCAACGGCCUGCGAAGGGUGCUAGACGAGCUGACCCUCACCAAGGCUGACCUAGAGAUGCAGAUUGAAAGUCUGACUGAAGAACUAGCCUACCUGAAAAAGAACCACGAAGAGGAAAUGAGAGAUCUUCAAAACGUGUCCACUGGUGAUGUGAAUGUGGAAAUGAAUGCUGCUCCAGGUGUUGAUCUGACUCAACUUCUGAAUAACAUGAGAAACCAGUACGAACAACUCGCUGAAAAAAAUCGCAAGGAUGCAGAAGCCUGGUUCAACGAGAAGAGCAAGGAACUCACUACAGAAAUCGACAGCAACAUUGAACAAAUGUCCAGUCACAAAAGCGAAAUUACUGAACUGAGACGUACUGUUCAAGGUCUAGAGAUCGAACUACAGUCCCAACUGGCCCUGAAACAAUCCCUGGAAGCCUCCUUGGCAGAAACAGAAGGUCGCUACUGCGUGCAGCUCUCUCAGAUUCAGGCCCAGAUCUCCGCCCUGGAGGAACAGCUGCAACAGAUUCGAGCUGAGACCGAGUGCCAGAACUCUGAAUACCAACAACUCCUAGACAUCAAGAUCCGACUGGAGAACGAGAUCCAGACCUACCGCAGCCUGCUGGAAGGAGAGGGAAGCUCCGGAGGCGGAUCCUAUGGCGGCGGACGCGGUGGCGGCGGCGGCGGCAGCUACGGCGGCGGAAGUUCCAGCGGCGGCGGCCACGGAGGCAGUUCCGGUGGCGGCCAGGGUGGCAGCUACGGCGGCGGAAGCUCCAGCGGCGGCGGCCACGGCAGCAGUUCCGGUGGAGGCCUCGGGGGUAGUUCCGGUGGCGGUCACGGCGGCAGCUACGGCGGCGGAAGUUCGAGCGGAGGCCAGAGCGGAAGCGGAGGGUUCAAGUCUUCUUCUUCCGGGUCCGCUGGCGACCAAUCGUCUAAGGGACCAAGGUCAGCAGAAACUAGCUGGGAUACUAACAAAACCAGAGUGAUCAAGACGAUUAUUGAGGAGUUGACACCUGAUGGUAGAGUCCUUUCGUCUAUGGUUGAAUCAGAAACCAAGAAACACUUCUAUUAAACUACACGAACAGAGUCUCUUCACACAGGCCAUUCUGCAGAUGUGUGGAAAACACUUCAGUCUUGAUGGUCUAUGAAAAUAGGUUCACUCCUUGAAAAUAAGGUGUCUAAAAGGUGUUUUGUGAUUUCUGUAUUUCUUCUUUUCACUGUACCAGAAAGUGUUCUUUUGUGGAGAAAAAAGAAGAAGAAAACUUUCUGUUCUCAUUUACUAAUGAACUUCAAUAAACUUUCUUACUGAUGCAAACUUA